UCAUCUGAUUUAGUAUCCUGUGAAUUAGUGGAUUAUCUCAACAAGCAACCCCCUAAAAAUAUUUUUUCCCAUAUACUUGCCAUGUUCCGUCGUAUCGCUUUCAUCUUCCCAACCCUAGCGGCAUCCACUGCUCGCUUUUACACUCCCUCCGAGCAGCUCAAGAAACUUUACGCUAGUGACUUUGACAAGUCAGAGUUCCCCAUCAAUAUCGCCCCAAGUGAUUCUACCCUGUUUGCAAAGUUUCUUUAUAAGGCGGUCGAAGAAAACAACAACUUUGAGCCCGUCCUGAAGGACUUCCAGGUGAUCGCCGAUACCACCCCGAAACUACCCGUCUUCUGGGAGCGCACAUGCAAACUUGAGGACAUCGAAGCGUUUAAAGACUUGUCAGAACCGACCCUUUUCACGCUUCAGUGGAUGCAAAGCAAUGACAUGCUGGAACUUCUUCCUGAAGUCGCUAAUGUUUACGAAACCUAUGUUAAUGCCAAGUUGAAUCAAGCGGUUGCUAAGAUUUAUGUGGCUCCUGGGAAGAGCGAGGACAAUGCAACCAUUGGGCGGGCUAAAGAAGUAGCCGAGCAGCUCGCUAAGGAUGAUAGCAGGCUCUCCGACCGAAGUCUUAUCUUCAAGAUUUUCACGGACCAUACCAUCGUCGAUGGGUUUGCAGUGGAUCUACAUGGCAUCUUUGUAAAUGAAGCUAAAGGUUGUCAAGUGGAGACCUCUGCAGCGGAUGAGAUCGAUUAUGCAUACAUCCCUCCUCCGUCCCUAAAGAAAACUGCUUGGGUAGACAACAUCGAAACGGAGGUGUUUAGAAAAUUUCUAGAUAGUAUUGCACAGUACGAUAUGGAAGAAAUGAAAAACGGUGUCUAAAACUUAGAUAUAUUCAUUUUAGUAUCUACACACCUCUCUUGGGAGAAAUCCUUAUGCAACAUUGUUUAUCAGUGCGUGUGUGUAUGUGUGUGUUCGUUUUCCAGGAAUCUGUACUUGCAAACGGUGCAUGCAAGGAAGGAAAUCUUUUGACAUUAAUUAUACCGUAGUAGCAGCUAUAUAGUGUUUCCGGAUUAGGUUGGUUGAAUGUGUAGAGGAGUCCUAGUAAGAGGAAAAGAAGAAA